GCGAAUCGCGUGCUGAGUGGUUGUGUGGAGAGUUUACGACGAGCGCUUUAAGUUUCGCGCGCGAAAGUUUUCGAGUAACAAAGGAGUGCUUGGAAAUAAUUACGUACGAACGUGUUUAUUAGUGUUUGUUAGAAUUCAAUUUGUGAGUGUACGUGAGUUGCUUGGCCGAUUUUUUGAAAAAAAAGCGGUACGGAGGAGAGGAAUAAGCCCAAAAAUGUGAAAUGCGCGCCCGCACAUGAUUUCAAUCGCCAAUUUCACCCACACACCGACAAAUAGCCAGCCGUACGAGACACAGAUACACACAUACAAACAUGAAACGCAGAACGCGAGUCGCGAAUCGAAUAUAUUCGAUCGAAUCGAUUACGAGUCGAACGCAUCGAAUAGUUCGUUCAUGGCCGUCAAUUUUACUGAGUACGCCGAAAUACCAUAUUACAUAAAGGCGACGUCGAUGACGUUUUGCAUAGUGAUCAUGUGUUUGGGGGUGAUCGGUAACGUGAUGGUGCCGAUAGUGAUAUUAAAGACGAAGGAUAUGAGGAACUCGACGAACAUAUUCCUGGUGAACUUGAGCAUUGCUGAUCUGAUGGUGCUGCUGGUGUGCACGCCCACGGUGCUCGUGGAAGUCAACUCGAAGCCGGAGACGUGGGUGCUGGGCAAGGAACUGUGUCUAGCAGUACCCUUCGUCGAGUUAACAGUCGCCCACGCGUCCGUACUAACAAUUCUGGCGAUCAGUUUCGAGCGAUACUACGCGAUUUGUGAGCCCCUGCGAGCUGGCUACGUGUGCACCAAGACAAGGGCCACGUUGAUAUGUGCACUGGCGUGGUUCUUUGCUGCUUUGUUUACUAGUCCAAUCCUGGGAGUAGCAACAUUCACCUACGAGAGGUACGACGACGGCACCGAAGUCCCCGUCUGCCUCACGCAGGCUGACACCUUCUGGUCAGCUCUAUUCUUCAUCCUGAUCAUCGCAGUCUUCUUCAUCAUCCCCCUGGGCAUCCUCCUCGUCCUUUAUAGCAUCAUCGCGAAGAAUCUCAUGGAGAACCCGGUUCUUAUCGCUCAUAAUAGUAAAAACUCGAAUAAUGCAGCCAACGUCAUUAGAUACAGGAAGCAAGUCAUUCUCAUGCUUGGUACUGUAGUCCUAUCUUUUUUCAUCUGUCUCCUCCCCUUCAAGGCUCUCACUCUGUGGAUCAUCGUGUUCCCACCAGAGACAAUAAUGUCAUUAGGUAUAGACGGUUAUUAUAUACUUUUGUAUUUUUGUAGAGUAAUGUUAUAUUUGAACUCGGCGAUCAACCCGAUUUUAUACAAUUUGAUGUCUUCGAAGUUUAGAGACGGUUUCGUUAAACUACUGAGAGUAAAUAAAUUGAUGAGGUGCGGCAGGAAUUUAAGAGAAAAUAUGCAAAGGAGAGACACGUUUAACACAACCACAUCAACGGGUUUUUCUAGCAGUCAAAAUACAAGCGAUUCCUUCUGGAGACGAUACAGCAACAGAACAUCGUCACAGAGAUAUUUUUUCAACAGAGAAAGCAAAAAAUUGAAAGAAGUCAAAGAAGCUUUCGAUACGAAAGUUCAACAGAUGAAAGUGGGUGAAAUUAUUAACGUUGAAAAUACGAGGCGGAACAGUAUGAAAAUCAUAGCAGCUAUGAACGAACUGAAUGAUGAUUUGAGUAAUAUUAUUAAUGUUAAUAAUUCGAAACAUGAUGAUGUGAAUUUCGAAGCGGUGAAUGAUCUUAGUGACAUAGAAGUACACGUUGAAGAUGAUAAAACAGAAUCUGCUGUUGAAAACAGUAAACAGAUACAAAUAUUGAAUUUAGACUCUAAGAACAAUGUGUAUUCUGCGACAUUAGACGUGAAUGAGCGAUGUGAUAGAAAUAGAUAUGUUUAUGUACCAGAUCAAGAGAAAAAUAUAUUUGUAUACGAUUUUAAAAGUAAUGAAAGUUUUGUCUAAUUACGGCUGUUGGCAAUGUGCCAAGUAAAUCAAUGCAUUUAGUUAGCAUUUAUAAAUUUUAUAUGUAAGUUUGUAUAGAUACCUUAAUAUUGUAAGAAUGUUUGACAAUAGCGAAUAUAAGAUUAUUUAUAUUUAUUGUUUUGAUGUAAUAGUUUAAUUUAUGAAUGGACCUGAUUUACAAUACCCAGAUAGUCCCACAAAAAAUGAUGAGUUUUGAAUGCAAAUGUUUUAAUAAUUUAGAAGAAAAUAAAUAAAAAAGCAGCGGGACACCUUGGGUGAUGUAAAGCAGGUCUAAUAUAUAAACAAAUGUAAUCAAUACUGCCUAUAAGUGCUAUGUUAAAAAUACAA